CUCAUUUUAUCUUUCCUUCACUCACAUUUGGUUCCAUGGAGGCAGAGGAACUGCUGCUUGAGCAUCGUAUUCAUUUUACGGCACUGCUGAAGGCCAUUACCCAACAAUGGGACGAAGUCUUCCCCGAAGAAGCUCCUACACAAGGUCGACAGGGCGGAGUCGGCACGGAAGGAUGUCCAUUCGGGACUGUAUUUGCGUCCGUCGGACCCUUCGGUUGGCUGAACAGUGCUUUCGCGCUCAACCGAUGCGCGUUGCUCUUCUCCGGUGGUCUUUGGGGCAGUGGGAUUGGCACUGCCUGCCAUUCGGCGCGUUGUGACUGGCAUUGUAGUAAAGGCUUGUAGUGGGUACAACAAGUAGUUUAGUAUGUGAGUUAUGUGGUCAGAGGAAGAGUUGUGACGAUGCAC